UAGUAUAAUAAGUAUGAGCGGUGGUAGCGGAGCACACCAUUCUUCUAUCUCUGGUAUACCAGGUUUUGGUACUUUUAAGCCGGAUUCUGCAUGGCAACGCGCGAUCGCGAGUAAUGCCGGUCUUUACACCUACCCUCAUUCUGGGAGCGGUAGCGGCAUCUCUGAGACCCAGUUUGCUAAUAUAGUACGUGCUGAUGACCCUAAAUCGGCCUGUAACCCUCUAUUGAUUGAGGAGUUUCGUUGUCUUAAGAGGAACGGCUUUGGAACUGACAAUGGCCGUGCCGCUACAAAGUGCGUGAAGUGGUAUAAUGAGUGGAUGCAGUGUAAAUGGGAUGAGGAGAAGAUGCGUUUUGGUUAUAAUUACCUUGAGGAUCUGCCAGCUCGCAAGCACAAGGCCUAUAUCGCUGCUCCUGACUUCCAAUAUUCCUGAUCCCAUUGUUACGUGG